AUGCAGUACGAGUCGCCAGUGCCUGUCUUCGCGCUAGGCUUCUCGACGCCGGCAGCUCGAAAGGAGAACGCUGGCGGUUACAAGGCCUCUGUGAGCCAUGGUGACGCUGCGAGCACGAGUCCCGCGUUCCCUUCGGAUCUCCGGCUCGGCAUUGGAUCCUACGUCGAAGGAUACUCAGACAACAGCAUCACAAUCUUAGGAGCAGACCCGUCGCGACAAGCUGGCCAACCUGGCUCGUUCGUUCCGCUGGCAAGAGCGAGCCAUCCGUAUCCUUGUACUGCCUUGCAAUUCUCUCCGGCCGCUCUGGCGCCGACGCUGCAGGCUUCUAUGGGUCAUGGCUCGCCCGAGACGAGGGAGAUGGUCGCGACGAGCUCGGAAUGCUUGCGCUUGUGGGAUCUCAGAGGGGAUGGCAGUACACAUUCGACCUCGUCCUUUGUGGGCAGAGACCGGCGACAGACUGGAUGGGCCCUCUCUCAACGUGCAGUACUCGCCAACUCAAAAGCGGAAUACUCUGCCCCGCUCACGUCCUUCUCCUGGAACGACUUUGAGCCGUCCUACAUCGUCACAUCAUCCAUCGACACGACCUGCACGAUCUGGGACAUCUCAACUUCUUCCGCCGUCACCCAACUCAUCGCACACGAUCGCGAGGUUUUCGACGUUUCCUGGCGACCGUCUACACGCGACGUUUUCGCUUCAGUAGGCGCAGACGGUAGCGUACGCAUGUUCGACUUGCGCAGCUUGGAGCAUUCUACUAUCUUGUACGAAGCGAGCACGAGUCCGAGCACGAGCGCCAAUGGCAAAUCUGCUUCGGACAAGAGCUCGCCCUCCCAGCAGACUGCCCCGAGCUCGACGCCGAGUCCACUGCUCAGGCUUGCAUUCAAUCCGAAGGAGUCACAUUCGCUUGCCAUCCUGCAUGCAGACGCGAAAGAGGUCCUCAUUCUCGACGUCCGCCAUCCCGGCGUGCCUGUUGCCGAACUGAGCGCACAUCAGGCAAUCAUCAACGAUCUCUGCUGGAGCUCAGAUGGAAAGUAUAUCAGCACCUGCAGCGACGACCACCAGGUACUCGUGUGGGAUCCCAAGCGAGAUCCUUCGCAUCAACACACAAGAAGCUCGUCUCACGAGCGCAAGUCAUCUGUAUCGCGGCGAACAGGUGCAAGUCCGACAGCGACGAUUAAACAACCUCUGCUCGCUUAUACUGCCGAAAGGGAAGUCAACUCGAUGGCCAUGGGCGGUCUCGGCAAGCAAGCGAAUCCGUCGAGCAAUGCUGUCGAAUGGAUGGCAAUCAACCGCGUAAAUGAGCAGCUGAUAGUCGAGAAGAAUUUGCGCAUCCUUCUCGGCCAUCGGCGGGAGGAUAGGGCUUCUCUCUUCCGAGUCCGACGACCAGUCACAUGUCACAUCAUGCAAAAGGAUCGCCCUGGGCCACGCCAAGCACUAGUUUCACCCUGGCUGCACAAAGAGAAUGCUCGGUCGUUUUCACGCCGUCUUUUCGCCGCGCUACACUGCUGCGCUGUCCCUGUUUUGCUGAGCUCUGAAAGUUUGCGAUCUCGCGCAGAUCACAAAACUUCAAGCACGGCUUCAGCCGGUCAGCGCAAAGUGGAGAAAUCAGAGACAAGGCGGCGAUCUGUCAAGGCUUUUGCCAGUCUCAACCGGGAAUCGCGUAUAAGAGAAGGCAACGGUCUUGGCCGGUCCCAUCCUUGCAUAUACCACUCCGGACGAACGGAUCUGUCAGUAUCGAUAGAGGCUCGAGCGACUAAGAGCAUCGACGGGGCUCAGAACCACAUCAGUCUUGAGGAUUGUCUCGAGAGCAGACCAUUUUCGGAUCAGAAGAGGAUCACAUCCCGACUCGAGGCCCUUGCACAGAGCUGCCGACCGAGGAGUCACGUCUUGCCAGCCGACGACCGUCCAGACGCUCCGAAGCCGAGACGAGAUCGACUUGACCGCCGACCUCGGCCAUUUUUUCACGCCCUCCCGAGAGCUGCCGUGGCGGAUACGCUCCUGCACAUAGAGCCGGAUCGUCAGUCGUCUGUCCACGCAGAUCGCAACGACAACAGGCCUACUAGAUCUAUAGAACUCUGA